GGGUGGGAUGCAAGGAGGGCGGAAGUGACGUCGGGCCUCAGCGCCCGGGCCAUGGCGGCGGCGGCGGCGGCGGUGGCAGCGAGAGCCGCGGCGUGAGUGGCAGCUGCGGACCGAGCUGACCAGGGCGGCGCAGCCCGGGGGUCCCCGGGGAGAGGCCCGCGGCAGGGCAGCGCGACGGCCGGAGCCGGACUUCUCUCGGCCGAGCCCUGCUUGGAGGGGGUCCGCGCCCCGUCACCAUGACGACACCGGCGAAUGCCCAGAAUGCCAGCAAAACGUGGGAACUGAGUCUCUAUGAGCUGCACCGGACCCCGCAGGAAGCCAUCAUGGAUGGGACAGAGAUAGCGGUCUCGCCCCGGUCGUUACAUUCGGAGCUCAUGUGUCCCAUCUGCCUGGACAUGCUGAAGAACACAAUGACCACCAAGGAGUGCCUCCACAGAUUCUGCUCUGACUGCAUCGUCACUGCCCUGCGGAGCGGGAACAAGGAGUGCCCUACCUGCCGGAAAAAGCUGGUAUCCAAGCGGUCCCUACGGCCAGACCCCAACUUUGAUGCCCUGAUCUCCAAAAUCUACCCUAGCCGGGAAGAAUACGAGGCCCAUCAGGACCGAGUGCUCAUCCGCCUCAGCCGCCUGCACAACCAGCAGGCGCUGAGCUCCAGUAUCGAGGAGGGGCUUCGGAUGCAGGCCAUGCACAGGGCCCAGCGUGUAAGGCGGCCGAUGCCCGGAUCAGAUCAGACCACCACCAUGAGUGGGGGGGAAGGAGAACCUGGGGAGGGAGAAGGGGAUGGAGAGGAUGUAAGCUCUGACUCCGCUCCUGACUCCACUCCAGGCCCUGCUCCCAAGCGACCCCGUGGAGGGGGUGCAGGGGGCAGCACUGUAGGGACAGGAGGUGGUGCUGCUGGGGGGAUUUGCGGGGGUGCUGGUUCUGAAGACUCUGGUGAUCGGGGUGGCACUCUGGGAGGGGGAACUCUGGGCCCCCCCAGCCCUCCUGGGGCUCCCAGUCCUCCAGAGCCAGGCGGCGAGAUCGAGCUUGUGUUCCGGCCCCACCCCCUGCUUGUGGAGAAGGGAGAGUACUGCCAGACUAGGUACGUGAAGACCACUGGGAACGCCACUGUGGAUCAUCUCUCCAAGUACUUGGCUCUGCGUAUUGCCCUGGAGCGGAGGCAGCAACAGGAAACCAUAGAGCCUGGAGGGCCUGGUGGGGGUGCCUCGGACACAGGCGGACCUGAUGGGGGUGGUGGGGAGAGUGGGGUUGCCGGAGGAGGCGAAGGUCCUGAGGAGCCCACCCUGCCCAGCCUGGAAGGUGUCAGUGAGAAGCAGUACACCAUCUACAUAGCGCCUGGGGGUGGAGCGUUCACGACGCUGAAUGGCUCGCUGACCUUGGAGCUCGUGAAUGAGAAGUUCUGGAAAGUGUCCAGGCCCUUAGAGCUCUGCUAUGCCCCCACUAAGGACCCAAAAUGACUCCACAAGGGCACAACCAGAAGAUGGGGACCACAGGGUGUCCCUGUGUGCCGGCUCACCCUGCCAGCUUCAUCUCCCAAUGCCUCCCAGCCAGACAGCAAGAGGACACAAGCAAGGACAAAUGGCUUUUAUACAAAGUAUCUAUAUCAGAUUCUUCUAUAUUGUACAGCACGGACCUGUGCCCACUACUGCCUUUUCUAUUGACCCUAACUGCCCAUCCUGCAGGUGACGGGGAGGUGAACGCGGCCCUCUCCCCACCCUCCUACCAACAACAAAUUUGCUUACUUCUUUGAAAGCUGCAGUCCUCUGUGUGUGUCUAUCAAGGGUGUAUAAU